AUGUACGACUAUCACUACGAGGUAAUGCAGAAACAUUACGGAGAGAAAAUCAAACUCAUGUAUACUGACACUGGUAAAAAUAUAUAUAUAUUUAUUUGUAACUAUGUAUAUUAUAAAACUACAUUCAUACUUAUUAUUUUUAUUUUAGAUUCACUGGUGUACCAUAUAUUCACCGAUGAUUUUUACGAGGACCUAUUAAACUACCCAAUCUUACUUAACCGGUUGGAUACUGCAAACCUUCCACAGGAUCAUCCCUGUUAUAUCGCCGAACGUCGUAAGGUCCCAGGGUAUUUCUCCGACGAAACUGAUGGAUUGAUUAUGACAGCUUUUUGUGCUCUCCGUGCUAAAUCAUAUGCUUAUAAAAUCGAGGGGAGAGGGGCCAUUCAACCAAAAGAGGAGAUUAGGGCAAAGGGUAUAAGACGUCAUGUAGUUGAUAACCACAUGACGUUCGAGGACCAUCGGAUGUGUCUGUUUAGUGAACCCGGAUUAGUAGUUUAUAAACAGAAUAUUUCAAUUAGGUCAUUCAACCACCAGCUAAUGACACUCAAUACAAACAAAUUGUCUUACAAUAAUCAUGACGACAAGAGAUUCAUUCUAGAUGACAAAAUACAUACCUUAGCUUAUGGACAUUAUCGUAUAGAAGAGGCUAAAGAACUCGAGAGGGAACUUGAGAGGGUGGAAGCAGAGAUGGUAGCAAUGAUGGAGGGUGUAGGAUAUUAAGUUUUAUGAAGAUAGUUUAAUAUAUUAUAAGUACCAUGUAUAUAGUAUAAUAUUAUAUAAUUUUUAAGUCUGUAAAUAUCAUGUAAAUAUCAUGUAAAUAUCAUGUAAAAAUCAUGUAACAUUUUCUGUAAAUAUUAUGUUUAUGUAUAUUAUUGUUUUUAUAUUUUAGUUAUUAUUUUUGUAUGUAUAUUUAUUAAAUUAUUAUAUAACUAAAUGACAUGUAAAUAACCUGAAAAUAAUUUAUUUCUGUAAAUACUUUGUAAAUAUCAUGUAACAUUAAUACUUUAUAUCUGUAAAUACUUAGAAAAUAUCAUGUAAAAAUCUUGUAUUAUUUUCUGUAAAAUUAUAUUCAUUUUUUAUUUUUUUUUUAUUUCAUGAUUAGUCUUAAUAAUAUAUUUAAUCAUUUUUUUCUGUUUCAGAUCAAAGGAAAACAAUAUUAGUAUAUAUUUUUAAUUAAAAACCUUGUAAAUGUUAUCAUAUAUAAAUGUAUAUGUAUAUAUGUUAACAUAUUAUAUUAAAAACCUUGU